AUGCAGCUGUAUGCUUCUUCCCUUCGCCUUCUAAUUGUAAGUAACUCUUGUCGAAUAUGCUAAAUAGCAAUUUCAGUAUUCCUACUACGCCAUUACUUUAUUUUUUCAACAUUAUUUUUACAUUUCUCAUAUAACAUAGCCAAGUUUUCAAAAAAACUGUUGAAAUGUGUAAAAGUGCAUUAAAAACUGCAAAAAAGUGGCGAAAAGUGCAUUUUUAUUGUUUGAAAAGUGUGAAACGAGUAAUUAUGAGAAAGAUUAAAAACGUGUUAUUCGAGCUUAACACCCUUUGCCUCAGGGAUUUUUGGCUUUUUCGACUCUUUUUCUUGUAAUAUUACUGCUUUACCGCUCUUUUAUUACUCUUUUACGGCGCUUCCGUUUGUUGUUUUCCGCUUAAACUGUUAAAGUGACGGAUUAAAAACCUAUUUUCAUAUCAAAUUUCCUCGUUUUUAUAUUGUUAUAGGUAAAAAUGAAUUUGGGGGUUUGAGGGAUUUUACAUUAUACAGUACUUAAUAUAGUAAUAGGGCUAGUUUGUAUGUAAUGUAUAGGUAACUGACAAUAAAAAGGUUUACUACUAGUUCUAUUAGUAAAUUAUUAAAGCUAUAUGCUCUACUUUAAGCUUAGGCUGAUUAUUAACCCUUCAUACGCCCAAAAUUAAACUUACAGUAAUACAAUUACUCUUUGCUCUUACAAUACUACGAAAGCUAGGCUAAAAUAAUUAUAAAAAUUGACUUACAACACAUUUUUAAUUAAGUUUAGUACUAGAAAAAACACUUUUAGAGGAGAAUGAUAAACAUGGAGGCCUCUAGGAAGCUGGACGUCAAGUUAGACCUUUUGAAUCCAGAAGUCGAUGAAUUGGCUCCAAUAUUAAGUGCAGAGCUCGAAGCCUACUUUGGAGACUACGAAAUUGAAAUUGUGGAUUGUCCUGGUAAGUUACAGUACUUUUAUGGGCAUUUAUGGAUGGUUUGGUAUAUUGUAGUAAAUUUUUUAUAUUGUAGUAGGGUUUUGUUAUAUUGUAGUAGGUUUUUUUCCAAUCAAAAAAAUGUAAUAAAAUUGUGUUUUCACAAACACUUUAAAAAUUUAGUCAUUAAUAAGAUAAUAAAAAUGAACUUUAGACCUAACAAGACCCCCAUUCAAAAUGACAAGUAAAGGCUUUGGACCAGACCUCAGAAUCGCUGAAGUUGGUGGAGUUGGAAACCUAUAUCCCAGGAUACGAAGGGACAAGUUGUAUAACCUCAAGGUUUGUUUAUAUUCUUUAUUUCAUUUUUUUCAAAAUUCAAUCGUAACGCUUCGAAAUGUCAAAAAAAGACUUUUUUUCAUUUAUUUUACAAUUGUUAGUCAAUCCACAUUUUUAGUGGUAUUAGUCUAUCUUUGAUUAGUUUUUGACAUUUUAUUUGAUAUGUUAUCUUAUUUGUUUUUCCAUUAAUAUUUUACUAAUUUUAUGCCAUUCUAGUCAAUAUGUGACCUAUGCGACCUCCCAAACGGCUCAGUCUUUGGCCCAGGCGCGGGUCCUCGUACAUCGGUCGGUGUGAACUGUGAAAUGGUGGCUGAUGCUAAUUUCAGUCAAGGCACGGUGAACACAAGGAUUGGCAAGAUCAGUGGUGAUUCCUUUGUUCAAGAGACGACCUGUGAUCCUUGCUUUGGAUUGCUGGCCAAUUUAGCUGUUUCUUCUGGCCAAACCAAUCAGGUUUUGAAAAUUGUGGCCAGGAAUCGACUGACUGACUAUUCCUUUCCACAUGCGAUUCAACAAGCUUUGUUUAAUCACUACAGAGCCAAAUUGGUGUCGAUGGCUGGGGUUUUUGUUCAGAAAAGUGGAGAUGCCAAGAUUCAUGUGAUGCCAGACUUUCCCGAGAGAGAUUUCAGUUGUUGGGAUGAGGUAGGACAAAGUUUUUAGGUUUAAAUGAAGCUUUAAAAUGUCUAAAAUGUCUAUCUAAACGAUACAAUACAAAAUUUCUUCCAUAUACUUGCUAUUUUAUGCAAUGUAAAGAUUAUAAAACUAAAUUAUCAACUUUUUUAGCCUAAAUAUCAGGUCUGAAUCCACCUUUUUCUUAAUUUCAUAUACAAUAUUUUAGGAAAGGGCCUGGCUCCGCCACUUCAAAGCCACCUCACCAUUAAUAUGUUGCUCAGUAAUUCACUCCGUAAACCCAGGAAUUGAUCUCAGGCUAGAACACACACAUUGUUAUAGUGAUCACGGCGACGUUGGUCAUUACUAUAUUGAUUUAGAUCCGGAAACUGCCGAAUUCGAAGGGUAUUUUAGUCCAGCCAAAGUUUUGUACAGAAUCGACCAGAUUGACAGUAAAGGAAGGGAGAAGUAA